GGCAGCAUUGAUUUGAAGUUUUGUAAUUUGUUCAAACUUCGAAUGAAUUAUAAAAUUAAAAAUGGUGGCUGUAAGUUAAAGAAUUGAAGACGAAAUUGAAUAUAUUUUGAAGUAAACAAUAAAGGUCGUUGGAAUGAUUGCAUAAAAAUAUAACAUAAUGUCAACUCCAGUGUCGAAUCGCAAAUAUGGUGCGCAAAAAAUUCGACUAACAAUUCUGUGUGCCAGAAACCUAGUACGGAGAGAUUUAUUCCGCCUACCAGAUCCAUUCGCCAAAAUAUCCGUAGAUGGAAGUGGCCAAGUAUAUUCUACAAAUGCAGUAAAAGCAACAUUAGAUCCAAAAUGGAAUACUCAUUAUGACUUGUAUUUAACUAAAGGAGAUGGCAUUACUAUCAGCAUAUGGAAUCAAAGAAAAGUUCACAAGAGACAAGGAUCCGGUUUCUUAGGUUGUGUUCGUAUUCAAUCGUCCACUGUGCACAAAUUAAAAGAUACAGGAUAUCAAUGCCUAGAACUCUGUGAAGAUAAUUCAGGAGAAGCAUGUGGGGUGAAAGGACAAGUGAUUGUAUCAUUAUUAUCGAGGGACGGAGCGAGAGGUGAACCUGCAUCAGCUGCGGGUGAGGGUUCGCCUUUGGCUGUUGUGGGACCAGCAGGGGAAGUGAGGGCACCGAGGGAACCACCAGUUAGUAACGGCACAAGUUUACCAUUGCCCCAGCACUGGGAGGAAAGGUUUACAUCUAGCGGGAGGCCAUAUUACGUAAACCACGCGCUCCGUCGCACACAAUGGGAGCGGCCGAGUCCAGAGCCCACAACGAGCCCGCAGCCCUCUCCACCGCCAGCAUCUCCGUCACCCGCUCCUGUGAGCCCCUCAUCACCAGUCACGCCUUCCACACCUGUAUCACCGGCAUCUCCAAUAUCUGAGACCGAUGUUAGCCAUGGAAAUUCCAUAUCUUUGUGCCCUGAACCGCAGCCGCAAACAGCAGUGCGGUCACGUGCGGUGGCACCGCCUUCGUCACCGCCCGCUGCCGCCAGCCCUGCGCCUGCACCCGUAGCGGCGACUGAUCUACCACCUGGUUAUGAGAUGCGCACCACAGCGCAGGGGCAGGUGUACUUCUACAACAGCAUGACGGGCGCGUCGACGUGGCACGACCCGCGCGUGCCGCAGCACCUGCGCCACUGUGCUGCGGCCGCCGGCCCGCUGCCGCCCGGCUGGGAGAUGCGGCACGCGCCCUCGGGCCGCCCGUACUUUGUGGAUCACAACAAUCGCACCACGCAGUUCACUGACCCCCGCCUUGCCCUCUCCGCCCGACUGACACCGCCUCUAGAAACGAACCAACCCCCUAACGCGCCUACAACCGCACCGCCCACGCCUGCAAGUGAGCCGGUGGACGCGGACGCUCUACCGAAGUACAAGCGGGACCUCGCCGCCAAGGCAAGAGUGCUGCGAGCUGAGCUGCAAGCGUUGCAGCCGCAGACUGGACACUGUCGAAUUGAGGUUUCACGUAACGAAGUACUAGAAGAAUCGUACCGUCUCGUGAUGAAACUACGCGGCAAGGAGUUACGAAAGCGAUUGCUCGUCAAGUUCCGCGGGGAGGAGGGGUUGGACUAUGGCGGUGUUGCGAGGGAAUGGCUGCAUCUAUUGGGACGGGAACUGUUCAACCCGCAGUAUGGCUUGUUCCAAUACGCCAAUGCUGGUGAUGACCGAUAUGCGCUGCAGAUUAAUGCUGAUUCUGGGGUAAACCCAGAGCACUUGUCAUACUUCCAUUUUGCGGGUCGUAUUCUAGGCGUGGCGUUAUUCCACGGGCACCAGUUAGACGCCGCCUUUACCGCACCAUUUUAUAAACAGCUAUUGGGACGACCCAUAACAUUGAGGGAUAUUCGAGAUGUGGACCCGGAAUUACACCGCUCGCUUUCUUGGAUGUUAGAAAACAGCAUAGCUGGUGUAAUCGAUACAACGUUUGCUGUAGAAUGUUCUUCGUUUGGAGCAGUUCGCAGCGUCGAACUGAGGCCGGGCGGCACCAACGAAACGGUAACGGAUAACAACAAACGGGACUACGUGCGUCUGUACGUCGCGCACCGCUUCACACGGGGCGCGGAGCGGCAGUGGCUAGCGUUGCAAAGAGGUCUAGCUGACAUCAUUCCUCCCCAGUUACUCAGGCCGCUGUCUCCGAGAGACCUGCAGCCGCUGCUGGCCGGGCGAGCCGACCUCGACCCGGCCGACUGGAAGCGACACACGCGCCUCAAACACGUGAACCCGGACGCGCCGAUCGUCAACUGGUUCUGGGAGAUCGUCGAAGAGUUUGACGCGGAAAUGCGCGCGAGACUACUGCAGUUCGUUACCGGCUCCCGGCGCGUGCCGCUCGCUGGCUUCAGAGCGCUGCAAGGCUCGACGGGCGCGGCCGCUCCCCGCCUGUUCACACUCCACCUGGUUGCAGAUGCCACGCCAGACUCACUACCCAAAGCGCACACGUGCUUCAAUCGUCUCGAUCUUCCCCCGUAUCCCACUAAAGAAAAACUACACGAUAAGCUGAAACAGGCCGUUCUCGAAACAGCCGGGUUCGCCGUUGAAUGAUAUAGAUACUUAUAUACGAAGUUAUCUUAUAUUUAUAAAUAUUUACGUGCGCAAUUAAUUUUUCUUUAAAAUAUUCGUGAGACUGACAGGUUAGGGAAUGUUGAAACAUGACAGAAAUUACUUUACAAAUUAAUGGAAAUACUGAGUUCUCAAAUUGGAAUUACCUGCUUUUGUGAUGCUAAUUUAUCUGUGACGGUACAAAUAUGUAUGUAUAAUUAUUAUGUUAUUAUUUACUGUUUUUAAAAUGUAGCCGAAUUUUUUAACCGAUGUUUAAUGAUAGCAAAAGUAUUUGAGCUCUUCCAAUUAGUAACAUAAAAUGUGUAUAUAAAAUCAGUCUUAGAAUACUCUAACCAUACUAU